AUGGCGUCAGCAGGCUUUAACGUGAGCUCCGUGACGCCGCUGACGCUGGUCGGUGUGGCACUGCUGUCUGACCACAGGUGGUUCUUCUUCUCCGUGUUGUCGUUGGUGUAUGUCUUCGUGCUGCUCAGCGACUCUCUGGUUGUUUAUCUCAUCUGUUGUCAUCGAACUCUUCACCGGCCGAUGUUCAUCUUCGUGGCGGCGGUUCUGCUGAACUCUCUCGCCGGCAGCUCUGUGGUUUAUCCCAAACUUCUGUCCGACCUGCUGUUCCUGUCGGGUGGCGGCGGAGUGCAGGUGUCCCGGGCCGCGUGUCUGUGCCAGGCCUUCGGCGUGUACUCUCUGGGCGCCUCCAGCUUCAUGCUGCUGUCGGCCAUGGCCUUUGACCGCUAUGUGUCCAUCUGCCACCCGCUGCGCUACACUGCGCUGUUGUCUCCUGCCAAGGUGGUGGCGCUGCUGCUGCUCUGCUGGCUGCUGCCCGCCGUUUUGGUCGGAGGUAUGGUGCUGCUGGCCAGCCGCUUACCGCUCUGCCACAUGCGGCUCAACAGGAUGUACUGCGACAUCUUGAGCUUCACAAGGCUGAGCUGCGGUGGCGCCGCGGCGAAGCUGAGUGGAGUGAUCCUCUCCAUCUGUCUGCGACGCUCACAGAGCUUCAGCAACAAAGCGCUGCACACCUGUCUGCCUCACCUGCUCGUCUUCAUCAUCUACUCCACCAGCGUCACCACAGACCUGCUGCUCUGGCGCCUGGGGGGCAGCAGCGAAACCGGCGCUUCGGUCAUCGCCUCCGUCCUGAUGCUGGUAGUCCCCAAUUUGCUGAACCCGGUGGUGUACGGACUGAAGAUGAAGGAGGUGUUCAUACACGUGAAGAAGCUGCUGAGCUGCCGCACAGACAGCUGA